AUGGGUGUGAAGAACUGGACAGUGGUGACCGAGUUCAUCUUGGUGGGGUUCCCGGGGAGCCUAGAGGUACGAGCCCUGGUGUUCCCCUUGUUCUUGGCAACCUACUUACUGACGAUCACUGAGAACGUGGUCAUUAUCCUGCUGGUUCAGAAGGACCGGACCCUCCACAAGCCCAUGUACCUCUUCCUGGCCCACCUGUCCUUCCUGGAGAUCUGGUACAUCUUGGUCACAGUCCCCAAACUGCUGCUCAGCUUCUGGUCCGGCAGCUGGACCCUCCCCUUCGUCCACUGCAUGGUGCAGCUGUACUUCUUCAUCGCGCUCAUGUGCACCGAGUGCGUGCUGCUGGCGGCCAUGGCCUACGACCGCUACGUGGCCAUCUGCCGGCCCCUCCGCUACCCGGCCGUCAUGAGCAGCGGGCUCUGCCUCCGCCUGGCUCUCGGGUCCUGGGCCGCCGGCUUCGGCAUCUCCCUGGUCAAGAUCCACUUCAUCUCCCGCCUCAGUUUCUGUGGCCCCAACGUCAUCAACCACUUCUUCUGCGACAUCUCGCCCGUGCUCAACCUCUCCUGCACCGAUAUGUCCACGGCGGAGCUGGUGGACUUCGUCCUGGCCCUGGUCAUCUUCCUUGUCCCGCUGACUGUCACCACGCUGUCCUAUGGCUGCAUCCUGGUUGCCAUCCUGAGGCUACCCAGUGGCAAGCGGAAGGCCUUCUCUACCUGCGCCUCGCACCUCGCGGUGGUCUCCGUCUUCUUCUCGGCCACCAUCUUCAUGUAUGCCCGGCCCCGUGCCAUUCGGGCCGUCAACGUGAACAAGGUCAUCUCCGUCUUCUAUUCCGUGGUCACCCCUGCUCUUAACCCCUUCAUCUACUGCCUGAGGAACCGGGAAGUCAAGGAGGCUCUGAAGAAGUUGUUGUCCUGUACCUAG